AUGAAGUUCGCGACUUCAGUCAUGCUCUACCUUGCAUCUGCAAUGGUAGUAUUUGCAGCCCCCGUCCCGUCUGAUGCCGUAAAAGCACCCAAAGAAUACCUAGGAGGAUUCUUCAAGCGUGAUGCAGAGAAGGCCCCCGAGGACUACCUUGGAGGAUUCUUCAAGCGUGAUGCUUGAAUUUAUAUGUAACGAGAAGGAUGAAGAAAUUGCACCUUCAAUAGUCGAUACAAUCUCAUCCCAAGUGGAGUAUUUGGGAAGGAUUUAGUCGAGACCUAGUAGUAGUUGAGGGCAGUAAUGCCAAAUUUGAUUGAUUUUGCCUUUUGGA